CUCGAAAAACAUAAACCAUCAAUAGACUUUGUGAAUCAUGAUGUUGUAAAAGCCCUUAAUAUAGUACUUAGCGAUCCUGGCGUUUCGACUUUUUGACGACAUCGAGAAGCGAUUUCGUCGUUUUGGUUGAAGCGUGAUAUUCACCCCUUUCCCCGUCCCCGAGUGUAAAAUGAAUAACAUUCUCAAGCCCUGUUCUUGAAGAUAUUAGUUCCCUACUUUUUUUUUAUCUUCACGAACAACAUCCUUAUCCUCUUUUUAAGUACAAGUACUAGUAAGUACAAAAAAAUCAAAAAGUACCAGUCUUAUCACGACUACCCCCAUCAAAAAUCGACCACAAAGAUGAUCUCCUCUUCAGCAUCAGCACCUAUAAUGUCUCCGUCUCCUCCUUCUCUGCAAGAAUCCCUACCCUCAGCACCUAUAGUGUCCCCGUCUCCUCCUUCUCUGCAAAGAAUGUCAACAUCUUCCCUUGAAGAGGGUGCAAGAACAGGAAUUCAUCCUGUGCUUGGUGAGUCCGAAGCGUUGGAAGUGGCAGCCACGUUGCGUUGCCCCAUCCUCCAACUCCAACGAUCUACCCGAUUGCAAGUGAAGGCGGCGGAUAAGAACAUCGGUCAUAUACAGGGGUAUUUGGAACAGGAG